AUGGCUGUCCGGCUCCUUUUGGGUGGCGCUCUCGAUACCGUUGCGUCAACCUCGACGUCGCUGUCGCCCUCCCCGUCCCCGUCGUCGCCCGUGCCUCGGCCUGGCCUACGGCCCGUGCUGGAUCAGCUGAGCAAGAGCGGUAUGGUCUUGCACAACGGCAGCCUCCGUGUGUACGACGUGCCACAAUGUGGGGCGGCAUACACUCUGGCCCAGCUUCAGAACGUGUUUGCGGCACACGCCGUCGAGUGGAACCUGAUGGGCCGCGACCGGCCGUGGUGGAGCGUGCUGAGCGUCGCCGAGUACGAUCAAGGCACGGCGCCGUCUGAGAAUACAAUCCGAACGUUUUAUGAGUCUGGCCGCAAACAUGUUGACCGGGUGCUCGCCGACCUGCACCUCGCGCCUCCGCUUCACGAUAUGCGUGUGCUUGACGUGGGCUGCGGGUUAGGCCGACUCGCUCACGCGUUUGCAAGGCUGGGCGCAGCAGUGGCUUGCGUCGAUCAGAGCUGGAACCAUCUCCGCCUCGCUCAGAAACAGGCGUACAAGCGCCUGGCCGCCGCCGACGCCAGGCGCAUCGAGCACUUGGUGACCUCGCCCGACCUCAUCGCCUCUGUGGGCGGCCGCCGGUACGACGUGGUGCACAGUUGGAUCGCUUUGCAGCACGCGGUGGCGCCCUUGCAGGCCGUGUUCAUGCAGCAGAUGUGCGACGUGCUCAAGAGUGGCGGCAAGGGCUUGCUGCAGAUACCAUUCUUCACUCCUAUGCACUACACGCCAAUGGACGAAAUCCGGCACGCAUUUGAGUCGCGCGGCUGCAGAGUUUCGCAGUGGUUCGCGUUUGCCUAUUUGCUACACGGCCCUAAGAAGAGUUACCACAUGUCACAUGUACAUGUGUCGGUAGCUCCUAACAGCAACACUGUGUAA